ACUCUAAACAAGUUCAUCUCAAACCCCCAUUCUAAACAAGUUCAUCUCAACCCCCACUCUGAAUCAGCUACAUCUUAAACCCUCACUCUGAACAGGUUCAUCUUAAACCCCCACUCUAGACCAUUUCAUCUCAAACUCUGAAUUAUGGGAAAGUUAGAAAAGUAGCUGGAAUUCCCCUUUGUCUGUAUUAUUUUUGUUGUUGUUUUGUAAUGCUUCUCUGUUUGUGUGUGUGUGUGUGUGUGUGUAAAUCCAGUGAUCAUCAGUAGAGUGCGCCACUUACCCGGGUUCUGCACACACACUCAGAGCAGGGUGUGGGUGGUUUUGUGGUUGAGAGUCAGAUAGAGAAGAGGAGAGAGAGAGGGAGAGAGAAAGAGUGGGUGAGUAAGAGAGAAAGAGCAGGCUUAGUGACAGAGCGAGUGAGAGAAGAGGAGAGGAGAGUGAGAGAGUGUGUGUGUGUGUGUGAGCGGGCGAGUGUGUAAGAGAGUGUGAUGUCUCUGCAGUCAUGGAUUUGCGCUCAGAGCUGCUGAAGUCCAUCUGGUACGCUUUCACGGCGCUGGACGUGGAAAAGAGUGGGAAAGUGUCCAAAUCCCAGCUGAAGGUUCUGUCCCAUAAUCUGUAUACGGUUUUGGGUAUUCCACAUGACCCGGCAGCUCUGGAGGAGCAUUUCAGAGAUGACGAUGAUGGUCCAGUCUCUAGCCAAGGCUACAUGCCCUACCUCAACAAAUACAUCCUGGAUAAGGUGGUGGAGGGGGUGUUUGUGAAGGAGGAUGUGGAUGAGCUGUGUUGGACUCUAACAGCGAAGAAGAACUACAGGCCAGUGGGAGAUAAAGUUCUGCCCCAGAAGGAUGCCUUCCGUCUCUGGUGCCUCUUCGUCUUCCUCUCGGAGGAUAAAUACCCCCUGGUGAUGAUCCCUGAUGAGGUGGAGUAUCUGCUGAAGAAGCUGUGCAUGGCGAUGAGUGUGGAGCUGAACGGGGUGGAGCUGGAGGACUACCUGUCCCAGGAUUUAGUGCAGCAGAACGGCUUCACUGUGUGGGUUUUCCUGGAGAUGAUGAACUCUGGAAAACUGACCAGAGGAAUCAGCAAGGAGAUCACCAGCAUGGCCAUCGAGGAGGUGUACCGAGAAAUAGUGGGAGACGUGCUGAAAGAGGGUUACCUAUGGAAGAAGGGUCAGUAUCGGAGGAACUGGACAGAGCGCUGGUUCACCAUAAAGCCACAGGGUUUGGAUUACUACACCAGCGAGGACCGCAAAGAUCACAAGGGCAGCAUUACUCUGGACUCUAACUGCUGCGUUGAGGUUCUUCCAGACCGGGACGGGAAGAGGUGCAUGUUCUGUCUGAAAACUCUCUCAAAGACCUUCGAGCUCAGCGCCUCAGACACCAAACAGAGACAGGAGUGGACGUCAGCGAUUCAGACAGCGAUCCGUCUGCAGGCGGAGAAGAAGACCUCCCUCCAUAAGGAUCUAAAGCAGAAGCGCAGGGAGCAGCGGGAGCACCGGGAGCGCAGGAGGGAAGCCAAAGAGCAGGAGCUGCAGCACCUCCGCCACCUGCAGGAGGAGCGGGAGAGGAAGAUGGCUGAGCUGGAGCUCCUGAAGGAGGCGCAGCGCCAGGCCCAGAUCCUCCUACAGCAGGAGGAGGAGAGGAGGAGGAGACAACACGAGGAGCUUCAGCAAACCCUGGAGGAACAACUGCGAGAGGCAGAGGAGGCCCGUGCGAGUAUGCAGGCUGAGAUGGCUCUAAAGGAGGCUGAGGCAGAGCGACAACGGCGGAGGAUCAAAGAGCUGGAGGAGCUUCAGCAGCGGCUGGAGGACGCUCUCCACCAGGAGGUCAAAGCCAGACAGGACGAGGAGGCGUACAGAUACACACAGGCCAGACUGCUGGCGGAGGAGGAGGAGAAGAUGAAGGCUCUGAUGGCUCUGCAGGAGGAGCAGGAGGAGUGUAUCCAGCGAGCGCAGAGGGAGAAGCAGGAGCUGAAGCAGGAGAUGGAGGGUAAGAACCGGGCUCUGGAUGAGGCGCACCGGCAACUGGAGGAAGUCCGAGCCAACCGUCACCGAGUGGACCAGGACGUGGUGGCUGCCCAGAGGAAGCUCCGGCAGGCCAGCACCAACGUCAAACACUGGAACGUCCAAAUGAACCGCUUAAUGUCACCCAUUGGGCCAGGAGAGAAGCGCCCGUCAAUAGGUGGUUUCUCCAGCUUCAGGAUCCCGGCGCAGAAAGAUCCGGCACUGCGGCUCCGGCAGAAAGGCAGCGAGCAGGACGAGGAGAGUAAGGAGAACAUGGCUGCAGAAGACGAAGAUAAUAAACGUCUCUCAAACGGAGACAUGGAUGUCAACUGAUCACGCCAGACUAAAGAAAGCCAAACGUCCAGGUUCUCCACAGACUCGGAGCAUCCCGGUCCUGGAACCGGACUGACGGGACUUUUCCCUCACACAAAGGAGCAUCUACAGUGCAGCACUGAAAUGUUCAUCAUGUCCAAAACAUUAUGCAGUUCCUGCAUAAUUAAAUAGUUCAGGUGUGAACAGAGUGAUUCAGAGUGGGUUUGCUGUGAAACAGCAACUUCCAGAGUUCACUUUCCCUGUCAGAAUCAUGUACAGUGAUGGUGAAUGGAAGGUCUGAAGCUUGAAGCCCCGCCCCCACAUAAAAUUAUAAAAGCGAUUUGUUAUAAAUACACUGCCUGAUGACUGACGCACUGAAUUUCACAUAUUUCACCACCUAGUUUGGUAAUGUGCAGAUUAUGUUCAAAUGUUCAUCAACAUUCAUAUUCAAAUAUGUAAUGGUCAAAGAUCAUUUCAUGAACAACACUUUAAUUCAGAACUCAGAACUUUUUGUGUGGGCGGAGCUUUACACAUGGCUCAGCCAAUAAUAUGUGUGAAUGUGCAUGCGACUGGUGCUGAUGCAUGUUAAUGAUGAGGGAUUGCCUGAAUUCACUUGUUUCUGUCACUAAUCUGUGGUGUUUAGGUCCUUACUAUUGAAAUCAGGAGAAAUGUUGUAAAUCUGUUGAAAUUCUACCUUUUUUAAGAAAAUAUUAAGCAGAAAAAACAUAUUGGUUAAGAGUAUCAGUCUGGAAGCUCUUUCCUAACACUUAAAAUAAAAAAUUCAGCACAUUUUUAAUUAUUAAGUGAAUUGCUAUGGCAUUAUGAAGGAUACAAUCUUGAUAUUUUGCAAUACGAUCUCAUUAUUUUGAGAUUAAGUCAUUCUUGAAACAUUAUUAUGAGGUACUUUCUAAUUAUUUUGAUACAUCAUGGUGAGAUUCUUUCUUUAUAUUUGGAGAUACUAUCUCAUUACUUUUCUAUAAUUUAUGCAUUUGGAAUGGAAUGUUUGAAUUAAGGUAAUGAAUAUUGGCCUCACUAUUGGUGAUCCAAAAUUAGCAUAUUAAAUGAUGUUUUGACUUAUUAGACAGACCUAAAUGUGGCCUUAUCAGAUGAAGUUGUGCUGUAUGGUUUUUUUCACUGUAAUAAUCUUUAAAUGUGUGUUAUUUUGAAUAAGACAAAUAUUAUAUAUUGAGAAAUGUGUUGACCAAGUUGUGCUACAGUUUUUCACUGUAAGCAGUUUUACAGGUUCAUUCAUCAUUUUAUGUUUACCUGUACAG